CCCGAAUCAUAGUGCAUUAUACUGCAAAUUUUGAUAUUGUCUGUACAUUGAUUUCUUACUUAUCAUUUCUUUUUGUGACUCUUGCCAUUUACAUACACUAUCUCCACUCACAAAUUCGUCUCCGUUAUUAUUAUAAUUGUUUUCGUAUAAUCGUCAUAGACAAUACUUCAAUCAUACCUGCCCAACUAUAGAGCCGGCUGAUAGGACCAUCUUUCGACAAAUUCCAAGGUUGUUUCCGAACAAAGAGCUAUCUAGUGUUAACCAAACCAAAAGAUACCUCUUGAAAUGCCUCAAAUAAGUGAUUUUUCAUUCGACAACCAGACUUUCAACUCGCAACAGUUUAACCACAAUGAUGAUGAGACAGACAGCGGACGAACUAAUGAUGAGGACGACUUCAUGGGAUCCGAUACAAAUUCAGUCGUUCACAAUGAUUCAUCACUGGAUAUGCAACAAUUGCUUCUAAACUUUCAAGAAAAUGAGCCAAUCUUUGACAAUGAACUUCUAUACCCAACUCCGAAAGAAUCAGUUAUAGUGCACUUCAAAAACGAAAAGCUAGUGGAAGGAACAGUCGAGGCUUUGAUAACUUAUGUCACAUCGCCGGAGGUUCUUGAUUAUCAAUUUCUGGUCGACUUCUUUUUGACAUUUCGAACAUAUAUUGAUGCUCUCCCACUUCUUGAACUUCUUCUGUGUAGACUAUCAUGGUGUUUGAAGAACUCCUUAUCAAAUGAUCUCAAUCGUUCCUCUAUUGGUCGUUUGGUAUUGGUUCGAACAUUUGUUACCAUUCGACAUUGGCUAUUGAACCAUUUUCAAGAUGAUUUUGUUAACAACAAUCUCUUAAGACAGUUGUUCACUAAUACCAUUAAUGAACUCGCCAAAUACGAACAAUAUAUAGGCACCGACUUCAACAAUCUGCAGACCAAGAUUAUCAAAGAUUUGAAGAAAAAUUAUUUAACAAUGUGCUCUAUUUACUGGAAUCUCGAGAUCAUUGAAUACCCUUCAGAUAUGCUCCAUUAUACAAUAUCCUCGUAUCAUAAUUUUAAUAAUUCACGGCUUUCAACCGUUGGCCUCAGUCAUUUGAAUGAUCCAUCUACAAGAAGAUCGACAUUGCUAUACAUGUUCGACAACCAAAGUAGCUCCAACAUUCUGAGCGAAUCUUUUGGAAAAAAGGCUCAAAGCAGUGGCAGCUUGGCAAGAUCUCCACAGCUGCCCACUAAGACACCGCUAGAAACAUUUCUUUCCAAAAACUCAAAUCAAAGGUCUAAAUCUUUAUUCAAAAACGAACAAAACAGCUUCUUAUAUCCAAAGGCUUCUCUCAAUGCUUUGGAACUAGACCGGAAUAAGCUGAGGACAAACGAUUCUUCGAGUAUAGACCAAUUGUAUUCCAAUAUUUGCACAGUGUUCAGCAAUCAAGCUGUCUCAGGGUUUGUGUCUUUAGACAAGUUCAAUUUGGAAAAAAAUGCGACUGAUGGGUUUACAACUCGAGGCAACAUAGAAAUUUUUGAAGAUAGCAAAGUCAGCAAGAUCGAGUCUCUAGCAAAAGAAAUAAAUCCAAUAUUUCCCGAAAGUAAAGCCCCGGAAAAAAGAAGUAUUAACCAAAAAGUUGAAAUCAAAACUUUGACAAAAACAGCUAAGCCUUUCAUAUCAUCCCCGAAGCCUGAUCAAGCAACAAAACAAAAUAACAAAACCAUCUUGCAGCAAAAACAAAAAAGUAAGACGAAAAAAAGAAGUUUCCUCAAAUCCUUAUUUAACCAUCACGACAAAGAAAAUGUACCUGCGGGGUCAGUGAACGAUAGGACAAAAGCUGGAAGGGCGAUAGUCGAGCCAAAAGUACUGUUGACAAAUAGUGAAACCGAUUGUCAACGACAAGAGCAACAGCAAUCUCAAAAGCAGUGCCAAUCUGAAGUGAAACUUAGCUAUAGAACAGAGGAGUCAUCAUCCACUCAUAACGUAAUUGAAGACCUGGAGAAGACGAUCAACAUUAAUGAGAACAAUAUUGACUACCUAGAGGAACUUGUGAUAAGGGAUUAUCAGCUAAUGAUGCAGCUACCUACUUUCAAACAACGAUAUUCAAGACAGCUAAAGAAUUCAAACAGGAAAAGCGUAUUGUCGACAGCAAUUGACUUGGGUAAUCGUGAAUCUAAAUUUGAUCCCCACGAUUCACCUACCAAAAGCGGAAAGGAAUCCUAUAACAUGAACCACUUAGAGAAUUUGAUUAACUCAAAAAAUAAUACGCAUGGAUUAAACAACGUUGACGAAGCACAAGAGAAAUCAUUUCAGACCCCCCCUGAUACGAUGAAUUGGUCAGAGUCUUUAGAAAUUGAUGAUAGUCAUAAUGAUGUAUUUAUUGACAUGGGUGUCACUAACGAGGAGUUGCAAGAUGUAUCAGAAAUUGACUCUACCGUACACUCUAACGAUCAUCGUUUUCGAAGUUAUGGCGAGCUGCCAGUUCGUGGGAGGUCUAGUCUACAGGUAUACAGAAGUUCGUUGAAACAGUUACAUGCUCCCCAAAAAGGAAAAUGCAGCAGUGAUCCUAACUUGCCCAUUGGAUUGAAUAACAAUCGAAUAUCAAAUGGUUUUAGUGACAGAGAGGAAAACCGCUCUGUCGAUACUACGACUAAUAGAUUUUCUAUCAAUAUGAUAGGCAGAAGCAGCAUGAUAUCCAACAAAUCAUAUAUGACUUAUGACUCAGAUAUUUCUGCUUCUUCUAGAGGUGUUGCUUUCAAUAGUAUUAAUGCCGACAUGGACGAGAAUAAAUUAAGAAAGAAACAUGCUAUUUCAAAUCUCAGGGUAGAUAAUCAGUCUAUCUCAGAUACGGAUGAUGAAAGUUUAGGGAACGAAGAUGCCAAAAAGAUCUCUGAUGUUGGAAAUUUAAAAAAUGCAGAGAACCAAUCGACGACCUCGAUUGCCACUGCAAAGGCCUUAGAUAUGGAGAGCUUGGAAAUUAUGCAAGAACUACCAUUUUACAGUUUCAUCUCUUCAGAAAAAAGCACCAAUUCGGGAAUUUCAAUUUUACCUUCACCAACUCCAUCUCAAACUUGCUAUAAUGGUCUUUCUCAGACAGAUAUCAACGAACUAGCAGCUAUCCCAGAUGAAAAACUAGAUGGAGAUCCUUUGCAUUACACCUUGAGCAAAUUGAGAGGGGAACGCAAGAAACCCAAGGUGAUUUUAGGAUUGAAUGAUACAAACCAAGAUGUUGAUAUUGGUGAUGAAGAAACCCAUAGAAAACAUGCUGUCGCAAUUGUUUGUCAAUCACCCAUAGACAGCGAUUUUAGUGAAGCCAACGUUAACAAAACGUUGAAAGAUGACUGUUGUAAUAGUGACUACGAUUCAACUGAAGAAGCACGAUUGGAGAGACAAGUAAAGGAUUUGUACAUCUCAAAUAAUUCAGCGGAGAUGAAUAAAAGUAACGCUCCGUCCACUCCUUCCAAAAAUCAAAAACUAGAGAUGAAUAUGAUUUCAACCCAAUCCUUGGGAAUGACGAGAGAUAAUGGGAACACUCUAACUAGAGUAAGUACCGGAAAACUCUUAAAAGAUGAUGGAGAACGCUCAUGCUUUGAAAUGCAAUCAUUACUUGCUACACCUAAAGCUUUGAAUUGCUCGAAACAAAUUUUGAGCGUAACACAAAUUAUGCAAGGGGAAUUGCAUAUUCCGUUUAUUUUUAAAUAUGACUCAGAGCAAUUGGCAAAACAAAUGACAUUGAUCGAAAGAGAUAUUAUCAUGGAAGUUGAGUGGAAAGAAUUAAUUAAUUUGAAAUGGGAUCAGCCAAUAAGCCCAUAUAAUUCGUGGCUUAGACUUUUAUUAGAUCUUUCUGACAAAACUGGACUACAAAUGAUUACCUUGCGGUUUAACUUGGUCAAUAACUGGAUUAUUUCUGAGAUUUUAUUAUGCAAAGAUUUUGCUUUGAGAGUUUUGGCAAUUACUAGAUUCGUUCAACUCGCACAGACAUGCCGAAAAAUUCAGAAUUACGGCACUUUAUUCCAAAUUAUGUUAGCUUUGAAUUCGGAGGUUAUGAAGCAACUAAAAUCAACGUGGAUCAGAGUUGACCCCGGUACAAUUCUGAGAUUUAAGGAAUUGAAAGAUUUGACCUCUCCUAACAGUAAUUUCAAGAAUUACAGAGAUGAAAUUGAAAAAAUCGUUCCUUCUAAAGGAUUUAUACCCUUUUUGCCACUCGAAUUGAGUGACCUUACAAUGUAUUCUGAAAUGCCGACAAUAGUCAGUUCUAAACUUGAUAAUUCUACUGAAAUAGAUUCGCUGGAUGAAUUUGAAGACGGUAGUGAUAGUUAUGAGUUGGUGAGUUUUGAGAAGUUUACGAUAACUGGACAAACUGUGAAGAAAACACUAAGAUAUAUUGAGUGGGCUCGCUUUUACAGCUUUGAAGCCGACAAUGAUAUUAUUUCCAAAUGUCUGUAUAUAAGCUCUUUAAGUGAAGAAGAUAUGGAGUUGUGCCUUAAAGAAAUUGAGACAUAAAUAAUAUGAGCUUUUAACUAGUAAUGUACAAUAUAUAAGUUGGAUUAUAGAAACAUCCGUAAAAAAAAUCUGUUUAAGGUUAUAACUACGGGAUUUCCCAGAACUAUUUAUUUGACUCAAGUUUUGACACAUU